GCUAGGAGUUGGGUCGGUAAGGAGGCGCUGUUGUAGCGGAGGGCGGAUCAUCGCUGGGCUAACGACACUACAGGCGCCCGAGAAAGUGUCAAAAAACAGUGCAAAAACGAACGAUGGCUGACCUGAGUCUUAGCGAUGCUCUGACUGACAGCGUGCCCCCGGCCGCUGAGGAGAACAUGGUGGAGAGGGACUUUGUUUCUGCGCUGGAAGCUGAGCCCUUCGAUGACCAGGUUGGGGAGACAGUGGGCAAGACAGACUACGUCCCACUGCUAGACAAUGACGGAAAGGAAACAGAUGCAGUGUUGGAGAAUGGACAGCAGGAUGCCCAAGGGGCACAAACACCUGGCACUGUAGGUUCAUCAGUGGCACCAGGGGGACAUAUUUCAGUGUCGCACCCAGAGCCGCAGGGCGAACUGUGGCCACGUCAGGCAGAUCAGCAGGCCUUCAUCUCAGACUUUCUGCCAGGCUCUAUGGCCGGUUAUCCUGAUCAGUGGGGUGCUCAGCCCCACCCUGCACAGAUGAUGGACAGUGGCUUGAUGGGACCUUUCUCAGGAUUCUCUCAACCUGCGAUGGGGAUGGGAAUCAAUAUGGAUGUUGGAGUUGCACCACUCCAGCCAGAAAAACCUCCAAGCAUUGCAGACAGCCAGAAACUGCCAUCACUGGCCUCAGAGGCACCUACCACACCCAAGAACCCUGUGGACUUUUCUCCAGGUGUCUCUGCUGACCGCUGGCCAGAUGAUGCUGGCAUUCCCUCUGACCUGCCCUUCACUCCCAGUGUUUCCACGGUGAUCAGUCGCCAUGCGAGCCAUCUGACAGAAAGUACACAAGAUGCCUCUGCCAACCAGUGGUCCCACAGAGAUAGUGGACUUGGGGAACUAGAUGAGAGAGAACAUGAGGGUUCUGAUCGCAAGAAAGAGAAGAAGAAGAAGAAAAGGAGGCCCAAAGAAGACCUGUGGGAUCCAAUGGAAAGUAAGAGUCAGUUGGAAAUGCAAGGCGAGAAUGUCUCUCUGCCUGAGGGAUCACAUCAUCCGUCACCACGCAAAGAACGGGAUCGAGAUGUAGGCUGGGAUCGGGAAGACAUCGUCCGGGGUGGUGGAAGGAUCAAGAAAGGAAAAAGCCGCAAGAAGAUUCCAGAAGAGUGGGCGAUCCAUGCAGAGCCCUUUGUCCCUGCUUCAGCCUCCAGGUCUCAAGGCUUUGGAACAGAUUUGACAACCUCUCUAGCUGGAGAAGCCUGUGGCCAGGACCUGGUCUCUCUCAGCGAGGAUUUCCCUGAUGGGUCCGUCAUGCCGUCAUUACUCACACGGGAUCUGCUUUCGCUGACAGCUACUUCCCCACCAGCUCUACUGGACCUCAGCCCUGCAUCUCCCCUGGCAACAUGCCCUGGUCAGGGACCAGGUUUUUCACCCACAGGCCCCUUGUCUGUCUCCUCUGGCUUCCAAGAUAUACUUAUGGAAACAGACAGUGUUGAUCUGGGAAACACCAAAGAUGCAUUUACCCUCCCUGUAGACCCAGGUAAAGCUGACCCUCUUGCUUCCACCAUGAAUGAUACCCAGGGCUUUGUGUCUGGUGGGGGACCUUUUGAAGAGGCCAUUUUUGAGCAAGAGCCCUCUUUCAUUGGCCCAACUGUGGGGACCCAUGUUUUGGCUGAAGCUCCUGUUGUUGACCCCUUGAUGUCAACUCCUGGUAGUGCUGGUUUUGGAUCAUCUAUGGAGGCACUGAUAUCAGCUCCACCAUUCUCUCCAUCUGGAGCGGCCUGGUCUCUCAAUGACUCGCAACUGAACAACCACAGUGAGCCUUUCGACAUCACUAGCAUGGAGGGUGUCACCUAUGAGGCACCUGUACCCGUGCCAGCACCUUUACCUUCACCAAGAAGCAAAACACCAAAAGAAACCAAAUCAAAGCAGGGCAAGAAAACCCGCUCAUCCUCGUCAAAGAGCCCCACAUCACCUGAAGCGAAACUGCCCUCUCCUCAAAACUCUGGCUUGAACCCUGCUGCUCCACCAUUCUUCCCUAGCUUUGCAGAACCCCGGGAGCAAGAGGCAGAACUGCCUGCCAUGCUGGAAGUCAAAACAGAGAAGACUAAGCCAGAGGUGGAAAAAAUAGAGAGCCUCCAGAAGUCGGAUGUGCUUGACAAGCAAGACAAAGUGGAGAAGAUGGACAAGGUUGAGAAGACUGACAAGGUUGACAUAGUUGACAAGAAAGAAAACAUGGACAUUGGUGACAAGCUUGAUACAUUUGACAAGGUGGAUAAAGCUGAUAAGACAAGUGUAGUUGAAAAGUCAGAUAAGCCAGAAAAAGCUGAGCAGCUUGACAAAACUGAAAAGACAGAUAAACCUGAAAAAACAGACAAGAUUGAAAAAGCGGAAACGUCUGAAAAAGUUGAGAAGAUUCCUGAAGUAAAGGCUUCUGGAGAUAAAACUGAUCUGUUUCCAAACGUGGACAAGGAGGAGAAGAUGGACACAGUGGAAAAGGUAGAGCUGAAGACAGAAAAAGAGAAAGUUGACAAGGACAAGUUAGAACACAAAACAGAAAAGGACAGAGGUGAAAAAGAAAAGCUUGAUGAGAAGUCAGAGAAGGACAAAGCUGAGUUUGAUCAGAAGCUAGAUGCAAAACCAGAAAAGGACAAAGCUGAGAAAGACAAACUGGAUCAGAAGCUUGAUGAAAAAACGGAAAAGGACAAAGCUGAGAAAGACAAACUGGAUCAGAAGCUUGAUGAAAAAACGGAAAAGGACAAAGCUGAAAAAGACAAGCUCGAUCAGAAGCUGGAUGUGAAAACGGAAAAGGACAAAGCUGAAAAAGACAAGCUCGAUCAGAAGCUAGAUGAGAAAACGGAAAAAGACCAAGCUGAAAAAGACAAGCUCGAUCAGAAACAAGAAAAAGACAAAGAUGAAAAGGAGAAAGUUGAACAGAAGACAGAAAAGGAGAAAGCUGAGUUGGGCAAAGAUGAAGCACAAAAAACGGAUGUUAAGGAAAAGACCAACCAGUCUGAGAAACUGGAGAAGCAGGAGAAAACUGAGAAAGCUGGAAAACAGGAGAAGACAACUGCCAAAGUGGAGAAGGAGGACAAAACCGAGAAGGCCAAAAAAACAGCGUCUAAGCUCGGGGCAAACAAUGGCGCCAGCGCUGCCCCUGGAAAAGACUUGCCCAGUCCAGACAAGAAAACCAAGCCUGUUGCUGGGGCAGCCAAACCGAGCUCGGCCAAACCCCGGCCAAGCCCGGUAUCCAAUGCUGUGGCUGCUCCUAAGCGUUCGACCCUGACCCCAACCCCUACCUCCACAACUGCAACCUCUGCCACCCUCAGCAAAAAAGCACCCGUGCCCAAGGCACCCACACCCACGGCUGGCACCAAGCGGCCUGCUUCGGCUGCCAGCCGUCCAUCCACCACCACCACAGCAUCCAACGAGGUCAAGGCUAAGACAACCACGGAGAAACGCCCAGUGCCAAAGGCUACCGCUGCCCCUGCCCGAACUUCUGCCCCCAAAAACGGUACAUCUACCACGGCAGCAAGCAAACCCACCACAUCACUUACCUCCCGCACCACUGCAAGUGCCAGCACAGCACGACGCUCUCUGGCUGCAAAGACUGAGAGCAAACCAGGGGAGGAGAAGAAACCAAGCACCCUGAAGACUACAGAUUCCACCAGGCCCAAAACUACUCCCAGACCAUCCACGACUACUACUAGCAGCACCACCACACGCACCCGUACCACUAAGCCUGCCACUUCCACUAGCACCACGAGCACCACGGUGCCAGAGCGGAAGCCCCCUGUGCCCCGUGCCCCUCGAGCUAGCUCUAGUACCACUGCGACCAGUACCACCACCCGGACAACCACCCGGCCUGGAACAGCCCCGGCACCCGAUAUUAAAAAUAUACGCUCCAAGGUUGGCUCUACAGACAACAUCAAACACCAGCCUGGAGGGGGCAAGGUCACAGUUUCUCAAAGCAGGACGGAUGCUCUGGCUCAGGGCUCCACCUCCAAAGAGACCAGCCAGGGCAAAGUUCAGAUAGUCUCCAAAAAGGUGGACUACAGCCAUGUUACGUCUCGCUUGGGUUCCAAGGACAAUAUCAAGCAUGUCCCUGGUGGAGGGAACGUGCAGAUUCUCAAUAAGAAGGUUGACCUGAGUAAAGUGACCUCAAAGUGUGGUUCAAAGUCCAACAUCAAGCACAAACCAGGAGGUGGAGAUAUAAAGAUUGAGUCUCAUAAAGUGAACUUCAAAGAAAAAGCCCAGCCCAAGGUGGGCUCUUUGGACAACGUCAGUCAUGCACCUGGUGGGGGGAAUGUUAAGGCUGAGGGGCAACAGGAGACAGUUGAGGGGAGUGGGGCUCCCUCUAGUGGCUCCUUGGCACCCCAGCCGGCAGCCAGUCCUGCCCAGGAGAAUGGGCUGAAGGAGGGCACUCCAUGUGGGGGCGAUGCACUCCGGGACCCCCAGGGCCUGGACUCGCUCAUCCCUGAAACAAGCAUCUAAUUCUGCUUUUUGCUGUCACUUUACCCUUUUCAUUUCAAUCCCCCAACACCUCCUCUCCUGACCCUUUCUCCUCCCUUUAAUGGCCAAUCCUCCUCCUAUCUUUCUGUUUUUCCAACACCCCCCUCCUCCGCUGCAGAUUGAGUCUUUCAAGCUAAACUUCCGCGAGAAAGCGCGCUCUCGCACGGACCACGGCGCUGACAUCAUAACCUGGCCUGCCCUGGGUGACAGCCCCGCCCACCCCCAUCCGCUCCGCAGCAGUGUCUCGCUCAACGACUCCUUGGCGACCGCCGGCUUCCCUCGCUCCUCCACAAGCCCUGCCCUCGUCCUUGCCUCUCAAGAGCAAGGGUGCAGCUCUGGCUCACUCACUGGACUCCGGACGUGACCUCCUCUGCUCAUCGGUUAACUCACAAAACCUCGGCCCCUCCCUUCGCAGACUGUUUCAGUCUGGUAAUGAAUAGAUGAAAUGAAUAUAGCAGAAUCUCUUCGCCCACCUCUCCUCAGCUACACAACUCACGUUGUUCGUACUCACUUGGUCGCAACACUAUCCAUUAGAGCAUGAUGUAGGCUAGUUCUCCUGGCAAGUUUGGUCUUCUUCAGUACUGCAGUCUUAGCAGGAUCUAAUCUCUGUUAGGAUCUCCCAUGGUGUAAUCAACUGGAUAAAUACAUGACCUAUACUCCCGUGUUUACUAAGCUGAUGCAAGUACUCAUUUUAGAGAUAUCAGCCCAUAGUUUUGUGUUGCAGCUCUUUGUUCAGUAUGCGGGGCUGUCACGUGAUCCUGUAAGAACCAUCGACUACCCUGCUUCGAUAUCCCCCACUCUCAUAACUCUCAUAACUUACUCCCAUCCUUCGCUGUCCUCCAUAACAACUCAUGUUUAAAACAAAGUAGUCUGUUUCAGCUGUAGGUUGAUCUAAAUCUCUCUAAAAUUCUGUGUUUUGUGAUGUGUUUGAGUGAACUCUGUGGCUAUGAGCUGUGUUCUAUUACGUUUGUUUGACUUUUCAUUUCUCGUUGUGCUUGGUUGUUUGGUUCUUUUAUUGUUUUUUCUUCUUGUAAAGCAAUACAUUGGUCUCUGCCUAUAGGACGUUCUUCUUGAAACUUCUUGAAAAAUACGCACAGGAAGUAAAGCUUACAUCUCAGACACAGCUCCACAUGGGUCUCGGAAAGUGUGCGUGGUCAGCAGGUGGUGAGGGAGGUUCAUGGAAGGUAAAGAGCGAACGUGUGAGAAAGGGUGUUGAUGUAUGAAGUGGAUGUUACGUGAAGUUGACUUGACCUGAAGCUAUUAACGAUGAACCGUCGUCAAUCGUGAUAGAUGUUCGUGGUUGGAUGGACCUGGUGUCAUGGCUGAAGCAUGUUUGAGAUGGAAGGAGGAACGAAGCCUUGUGUCAUUCAAGUUUGUGCCUCUUAUCCUAAUUACCUGAAAUUGGAAAGAGCCUGGGUCUGCCACUGCCUUUGGGAAGAUACAGAGACAUUCAGAAUGUCACAGCCUGACACAAAACCUUUUCUUUUAGCUAGAUUAAUUGUUGCUUAAUGAAGACUUAGUUGGACUGUACCUACAUUGUACCUAUACCUAAUCGUGCUUACUGUUCCAGCAGAGGUGUUUCAGAGAGCUAAAAGCAUAGCUUAACCUUUAUUAAAGUGUCAACAAUGCACAUGGAUAUUCAAACGAGAUGUUAGAGACAGUAGACCAUUACGCUGUAGCUUAUUUUUCUUGUAGCACUCAAUCUUAGUCGCCUCUAAAUAGCCUUUUUUAUGCAGUCCGAAUAUUGUAUCCCGUUCAAAAAACUGUACACGUCACAUAGUUCUAUGGUGCUGUGUCUGUUCUACAGUGGAGAAGGGAGAUGUUUUCUUAGUAGCUUUUCCUGUUUAGGGUUAAGACAGUGGCGAGGAUGAAUAAGGGUAGUUCUUUGGUUAGAAAUGCUACUGCAGUUUUGCCCUCUUUUUAACCUCAAAUUAAUGCAACUAAUGGAAGAAAAGGCACUACCAUAAAAAUGAUCUUACCUAUCUUUCGUCACUAUUAUUUACCAUCAGUUAUUGAAGGUUUUAAGCAUUUUUAAUGAAUCACAGAGAAGUAUAAUGCACAUGCAUAUUAAGCGCGAAUCUACAUUAUCACAGAAAUAUUUGAUUGAGGGAACUGGCAUUGAUAAAUCAUUGACUCAGUAUUGAACUAGGGAAAAAACAUUGUAUCUUAAAUUUUAUUUAGGCUCAUGGGCAAUAACGGUUAUUAUUUAUGUAGAAGUGUUUUUGACAAAUGAGAGGUUUGUAGAUAUUUGUAUUUGAGCUGUGUUGUUGUGCAGCUUUCAAAUGCUCUGGGUAUGGCCCUCUUAUUGAGGUCUGACUGUAUUUUGUAACCGCCAGCUUUGGUCGUUUUAAAGUCAAUUCCCUGUGCCUGAACGCAGCCAUCUUACUGUCAAGUGCAGUGUACUCUGCUUUUUUUCAUUGAACACUUUCUUGGUUCUCCUCAACUUCUAGCACACGGUUUAAUGUAAAUAUAUAUUUACGGUUUAUACAUUCAGCAUCGCCGCAGGGAAGGAAAAAAACGAGAUGGAAUAGAUGAAAAGAAUAUUAAUUAUGUUUUAAAAGGGUGUCGAGUACAGAUUUGUACCUUUUAAGGUUUUUAGGGAGUGUGCUUGUCAUUAUUAUUAUUGUUAUUAAGAUCAUUAUGAUUUCAGUGAUUAUUAUUAAUAUUUAUUAUUAUUAUCAUCAUUAUUAAAAACUAAAGUUGGUCUGCCUUUUUUUUCCCCUGAGAAAAGGGCUGAGGUGAAAGAAUGUUUUUGAAACAUAAUGUACUAAACAUGCAAGACACUUGUAUUUGUGUUUCUGUCGUACCGCCAUUGCUUUGGUAUGCUGGUUGUGGCUGUGGGUUGUGUGUUAGACUCCUACAAGCAAAAUGCAAGGUUUGUGCAGAGGUCUUGAUGAAUCUCGAUGAGACUCGUAUUGCUCCUUGCCCAUCUCCACCUUCUAGUCUUAAAAUCUGAAUAGCACACUGCAGGCAUGAUGUCCUUAGUUAAACGGUUAAAGAUGUAAGAGCAGGGUAUCGCAUUGAAUGUUUUCGAUUUGCACUGUUUUAUUUCUGCCAUGAAGGACCAGGGCGCCCUGUUGAGGCAGGGAACGAGAGGAGAGGUCCAGUGUAACGUGUGAAAUUGGGGAUCUCACCAUGGCAAGCUUCAGUACUUUAUCAUAAAGUCAUAAAUACAAAGCAUACCACCCUCGCUCAAGCCGUAUUGAGGCUUCAGAAGACUACCACACGCUUACAUCAAAUUCUAAUAAGAUUUUAUUGAAAUUCCCCUGUGAUGGCGUGGGAAGCCCCUUAAAUGCGCUUCUGCUAAUAGAGAGUACUAAAAGAAAACAUACUAAGAGCAUGCAGAACAAGUGGGAUGUGUUUGGUAGACUUGUCAUUUGCAGACAUUGUCCAUUUGCAGACAUUGUCCUUUGUUUUGUUUUCCAUUACAUUUGAAAUUCAUUUUAUUUUCUGGUUUGAAAGAAGUGUUUAUUGUGAUCAAUUGUUAACUAGUGAUGUGAUUAUUAAACAUUAAAUAAAAUAAGGUGUUUAAAAACA